UGCACUCCGACGCUUAGCGUGCAGGUCGACGCUCACCAUCACCUCCUGUCCUUUCUUGUUUGAUACCCCUGCUCUCCCUGUUAGUUUCCCUGGUCCUGCCAUUCCCACAUAGCCCUUCUUGACCGUAACCAAGCUUUUGCUGGGAGCAACAUUAUCAGGCGAGCACCUGUCUCAACAACCGGCAAAGCUAACCAGGUCAACCGCGGCAACUGAGGAAGCAGCAGGCGCAGCGGCCCUUCAGCGACUGCGGCGUUACCUGGCGCCAGACCACCGACCGGGUACAACGCACGGCAGCUUGGACAUCCCUCACCGAAAGGGAUGACCGCGUGAACCGUGAAGGCUGAACACUCUCUCUCACUCUCUUUCUUCCCUCACCUCAACGCUGGUUCCCUCGUGCUACGUCACUUUCUACGCUGCCGCUGAGCGCCCCUCCGUGCCCGUUCCGCUGCCAGCCACCAUUGUGCCCUGCCCGGUCCUUCCUCCAACCGCCGCCGCCGCAACCACCACCACCACCUCAGCCACCAUGGCAGCUGUAGACACCAAGGCACUCGACGGCCCCUCCGUCACCCUCACUGUCCGCCUGAUCAUGCAGGGAAAGGAAGUGGGGAGCAUCAUUGGAAAAAAAGGGGACAACAUAAAAAAGUUCAGAGAAGAGAGCGGUGCCAAGAUCAACAUCUCAGAUGGGUCCUGUCCAGAGCGCAUAGUCACUGUAACGGGUUCCACAGAGGCCAUCCUGAAGGCCUUCUCGCUCAUUGCCCGCAAGUUUGAAGAGAUGUUGUCUCUGCUCUGCCUUCCCGUGCAGACGGUGGGUCCCACCCUCCAGGAGCUGCAGAGCAAUGGAAGCCACCUGCCCAAGCCGCCUGUCACACUGCGCCUCAUCGUCCCAGCCAGCCAGUGUGGCUCCCUUAUUGGCAAGGGAGGCUCCAAGAUUAAGGAAAUCAGAGAGGUGACAGGUGCUUCCAUUCAGGUGGCCAGUGAGAUGCUCCCAAAUUCCACCGAACGAGCUGUGACCGUUUCUGGUACUGCUGAAGCCAUCACAAAAUGCAUCUACCAGAUCUGUUGUGUCAUGAUGGAGUCCCCUCCAAAGGGAGCGACAAUACCGUACCGUCCAAAGCCAGCCAUGCCACCAGUGAUAUUUGCAGGCGGUCAAGCCUACACGGUUCAAGGGCAAUAUGCAAUUCCACAUCCUGAUCCGGGCUCAGUGCCGGCCCCCGCAGCCUCCAAUAUGGCAGGCGUCAAACAGGCGACCAACCUGUCGUGCCCCUCGUGUUUCUUUGUUCCCGCCCCGCAGCUGACCAAACUGCACCAGCUGGCUUUGCAGCAUGCUCCGCUGCUGCCAGGACACAGCGUCGGGGCCAUCAACCCGCAAGCGCUUGCAGCGCUGGCAACCACCAACAACUUGCGGCCCAACACUGCAGCUGCUGCCAUUGCCACUGCAAGCACCACCACCACUGAAAUGACCAUCCCCAACGACCUCAUAGGGUGCAUCAUCGGCAAAGGAGGCUCCAAAAUCAAUGAAAUCAGGCAGCUUUCUGGAGCAACAAUAAAGAUAUCCAACUCUGAAGAGGGGUCCAAAGACAGAACAGUCACCAUCUCGGGAACGCCGGAAGCAAUCAACCUAGCGCAGUACCUCAUCAACACAAGCAUUCAGAAUGCUCAGCUACCUUUGCUCUGGAAGAACAUGGCCGUCGCUCCACUGAACUGAUCUCUCUCUGUGCCUCUCAUUGGAGGAGCCCCAGAGGUUACCACCAUUCUUUCUGCUACUUAAAAGAAGAGAGCAAGACCCCAGUAUUGUCCUGAAGCAAGCGGAUGACAUGCGGAUCCAUAUCUCAUGGCAACCAGGCUUGUAAACACACACACACCAACCAACAUCCUGUUCCCCACUACCUUGAACGCGAGCAAACGCGCUCAUUCGGCGUGUCGCGAUGGCUUGGGACUCUUCUCGUCAAGCAUGUACCUUCUUGUCACUCGCUGCACUGAGCCUACAAAACUGCACGUAGCCGGUGCGUUGCACCGUUUGUUCCUUGUGCACUUUUCUCUGACAAACCAGCACUGCACCCUAGCUGCAACACAGGAUACCGAUCUCGUUUUCUUUUUUUCUUCUUUUAUACAUUUCCCAGUGUGCAGGCGAUUGCAACCAUUUAAUUUAUUCCUGGCCUUUACUCUGAAACGUAGCGGAAGACAUGAAUUGUAUGUGUCUUAUUUUUUUUUUCCCCUUAUGUGCGCAUGUGAUACGGGUUUUGUGCAACGUGGUCAAUUAUGUAGAUUGAGACAUGACCAUGCGUAGAACUCUUACUAAGCAGCAGGUUGUGCAAUUGAGAAACACUUGGAUUUUCUCUUCUCUCUCUGGCCAUGGAAUUAUUGUUUGCAAACCGCCAGAGACAAGCACAUUGUCAGUGUGUGUGUGUUGUCCUUAUUUACCUCUGCACCGGCAUGGUUGUGUGUCAAUCUGCAGAAAGUUCAAUAGUAUUGAACUUAUCUUGGAUAUCUUGGAUACUUUUGCUAUAUUUCUGCUGCCAUUAGUGAAAAAACAUCAACUGUAUGGGUGCACAAAGUGACAGUUCAUGAUUUGGUGCCAAACUUUCCAUGUAUACUGCAGUUUUUGCUCGUAGGCAGAAAUAAUGUGUAGAUGUUUAGUUUUCUUUGUAACAAAAUGCUGUUUUUAUUGAUCAGUUACUGUUGAAGUCCUUUUACCGACAUUUUACAGAUUGGAUAGUUUUGGUGUGCUGCAGCUACAGCUGAUCUCUAUAACAGUUGCCUACAGCGAACUUUGUGGGCUCUGGGUGACAGGAGUUAGGGGGGUGGGAGGGACCUACCUCCUGCAGCAUAUAUGUGGUGCCACCGGCAUCUUUGAUCACAAGAAAGCGCAAAAAAUACUCAAGCUUUGGCAUUAAUGCUGCACAAUAUUGCUUAAUCACACAUACAGCUGACUUCCUCAAAAAGGUUUUCUUAAUGGCAAUAAAGCACUCAAGGGUGCUACAGGGCUUUUCUUCAUUUUGGCACUCGCAUUCUAAUUGCCCGAGCUGUCUUAAACCUAUUUUGGAUGUAGUGUCUUGAAGUGGCACUUCUUCACGACCUUAAAACUUGAUAAGCAUUUUGUGCAUGAUGUUGUUAUUAAUGUUUAUUGUUGUGGCAUUUGAUUAUUUUUAUUGUAUAGUAGCAACUGAUUAAUAAGGUACAUCCUUGUUUGCAUCUAAGUUAUAACACUGCAUCCAUAUGGGAGAUGACAGAUUAUUUACACGAGUGCAAGGUAAAUAACCAGCCAAUGUUUGGCGGUAUUAGGUUAUGAACCAGUGCCACAUUAAAAAAAACUGUGCUCACAAAAGCAGCUGAACGUGAAGUAGUGAUCAAUAUAGCAGCUUUUAUUGUGAAUUUUUAUUCUCAUGGAAAACAUUCUUUACUGCAUUAAGAAACAUGAGUCAGUCACAUUGCACUUAUAAUUGUAUAUUGCAUUUUUAUUUAUGAAAGUAGACAUCCUUGCUUCAGAGAGGCUGUCAGCCCUGUCAGCCGUAUAAGGGCACUAAGCAUUAUGAGGGAUUUUAUUUGCAAAUUCUUGUUAGUGGUCACAAUUUUUGUCUUGUAAAGAACAUAUGUGUAUUAACUCACUGUACUGCAUUGACUUCUACAGACAUUAAUGACAUGUCAUUUUUGUUUAAGGAGUGCUUGUGGAGUGUUAGCCAGUUGCACAAAGCUUAUUUUACACAAGGUUCAAGUGCAAGUGAUGCCACAAUGCAAUCUAUGAGCAAUUUGUUCAGUUUUGCAAAUGUUAGCAAGAAUUGGGCAUUAGAAGCCAAACAUAUCAAGUGCUGAAUGCCAAGCAGGAAUGUAGACAAAGUCGUAUAUCGGACAUGAGUUAACUCAAAUUGUGUGUUAUAUGACAUUUAAGAAGAAUGUGCCUCUGUUCUUGUGUAGUGUCUAGAGUUCUCCCUGAGCGCAAUGUAAACCAGAGUUGGCUAGAUUUUCUAGUUGAACCCCCGUGAAUGAUGUAUCAGUUGUAUAAUCCACAUUGACGUACAUGCCAUUCGAGUCAAACAAUGGCAAAAGUUUACAACUUGCCGUGUUGUAUUCUUAAACUCACGGGCAACUUUAAAAGAGAACUGUUGUCAUUUGCUAGAGGCAUGUAGUUUGAGCUUAGUAAUUUAUAGUUACUCUUAUUAUUUUAUUUUUGUUACUCAGCGUGGAUUUACAUUAUAGGUUACAGUUACUGUAGUUAAUUUGUUGGUUACGAAUAUGCCAGCGGUAACAACGUUGAGGUUGAGGCAUAAUGAAGUGACAUGGUGAACAUUAUCUGCGUGAGGUUUGCAACUGCAAAGACACAUAUCAGAGGGCUAAGAUGUAUGACUGUACUUUGAUACAAAGCUUAUGGAUGGCAAGAAGUGCAGUCUUCAGUGAUUGCUGCUUUAGUAAUAACUGCAAAGUAAACCAGACAGUGUCACAAAUGCACAGAGAAAAACCCUCUCCCAAAAGACAUCUAGCAUCCCAUGAUUUAACGAACAAAAGGCAUAUCCUUGGAACAAGUGCAGAAUGACGUUGACUUUAUUAUUAUUAUUAUUAUUUUAUUUCUCCUUAGUCUCACACUGGCAUAAUUCCUCAGUCUUGGAUGGCCUUGUUGGCCACUGAAACACCCUUCAUCUUGUAAAUUUUUCUAUACACAUGAAGUAUAUAUAUAUGGAUAUAUAUGAAAUAGUAUAUGUAUACAAUGGAAACGUCACUACAGUCAAACUAUGCACUUUCAUAAAUGUACAAAAUGAGAGAUACAAGACCGGGCAGCAUGUUCUGUAGAAUUCAAACCUGCUUUGUAUGUUGUAUAGCUCCUUGUUUUAUUGUGUGUUCAGUUGUGCAUGCCUUCGGGUGAAGCCUUCGUGAAAAAAUCUGAACAUUUUUUCUCCUCUUUUAGAUUCUUGCUUUGUCGGCAUACAGAAGUAGCAGCAAAGAGUUCAGAGAACCUUAGGCUAGUAUUUGCUAACAUUGUGUGCCAAUGACGAAGUUAUAUACCUUGCUUCCAUGUGUUCUUCGUUCUUUCUACAGCUUUUGUUAAUGAUUAUGAGGAUAAUGCUUGCUGUAUUUUUUUUUGUUGUUGUUGUCUUUUUUCAUCAAGCUGCUUUUCUUUGCAGAAUACUUAGUGCUUCUCCUAAGUAUAAGAAAUCGAAACUUCUGGUUAGUCUAAAAACUAGCAUCGCUGAAAACUAGUUUCCUUAGGAUACGCUUUGUUUGCUGUACCAACUUCCAAGCAUCCCUGUGUUGUGUGUUGUGUCAGCAGAUAAUGCGAGCCCCAAAUUUGGCCCAGGUGUAUGCCUUGUCAUUGUAGUGUGCACUCAAACCAGAAGUCUGCAGAUGAGGACCAUGUGUAGUUUGUUUUUUAUGGUGCUAGAGCAACGUCAUACUGACCCCUCCAAGGCAAAUGCUGAUUGCAGAAGAAAAAAAAGGUGUUGCUAUUCUAGUCUCUGUUUCUAAUUUGUCACAGUGGCAACGUCAUACUAAUUUUACUUGUGCCUACCAAGAAUGUGGCGUAUGUGUUACGCUAUUUUAAGGAACCAGUGGGUAUGAGUCAGCAUUAUGCAGUAGCUAGUGCACUCACUCUUUCUCCUAGUUGUCUUAAAGCGUACUUAUCUGCAUCAUGUGCCAUUUGGAGCUAGCAAAGAAAAAAAAAAGAACGAUCUCAUGCAAUGCAAAGCCAAGGUUUUAAUCUUAAGUGUACAUUUGUUGCACUAGAUCUCACCAAUAAUACUGGUUCAGCUUUGUGCCUCCAUACUUUUUUGUUCAUAAGGUAACCAUCUCAAGAGGUCGUAACUUUUGAGAAAACCAUUACGGCAUAAAGCGUCAUCUUCAGACCGUUCACAAACCCUCUAAACGAGGUGCUUUCGGGAGCUCAAAGCUGUUAAACUUCUCAUAGUAUGUUCACUGGCAAAGUAUCUUUGUAGUUUUAUGCUUUUGAAACAUUCACUGAAGUGUUGUGGCAGUUGCAAGCUUUCCUGUUCACCAUAAUUCUGCGAGUACUUUCUCCCCUGCUGUAACUGACCUUUGACCCCCUCGUCACGUGCUUGCUCUCUCUCAAUUUUGUGCCACUUCAAUCCUUGCAACAUAUAUAAGUCAAUAAUGAGAUGUUUGAACCGUGCUUGAAAUAUUGUUGACUGCACCGUUUUACAUUCUUGCACUGCGUGCCCUGUAGGCUCGCCUGCGUUGUCUGUUUUUGUGAUAAAGCAGUUUAUUCGUAGCUUUUAAUGGACUUUUUGAUCUCAUACAUUGAACCUUAGCGAGCUAAAAGUCAGUUGUGAAAGACGAACGCUUGUUUUCUUUUUUUUUUCUUGUGUUCACUUAUUCUCUCACUCAGUCAAUCACAUAUCACAUACUAUGCAGCACAGACUUGCAAUACACGUAGGACGGUAAUUUCGUUUGCUUGAGAGGGUAAUAGGCCUUUAUGUUACCUAGUAUUUCAAUUUGAAGUAAACAUCUGCUCUUUUUUUUCUACCUUCCUUGUACCAAGCACUAGAGCAAUAGUAGCACUGCUUUCUUAUACUGUUCAUGCGACCAUUGAUUACAAAUAGUGUGGAAUUUUCGACAGCCCCCACUGCGGGCAUAGUGGGAUGUGUAUGUUCACCGCCACCUGCGAAAAGUGAAAGAAGACGAGUGAGAGAGCCCGACAAAGCAAGCCUUGUAGGCGCGUUGUUGUAGCCGUGAUUAGUGCGAUAACGCCGCGCAGGCAUAUAGAUAUAAACGGAACGGCUUUUUGCCAUAUGCAGAUUGUCAUUGGAAUGUGGAUCGAGAUGCGCCCGACGACGGCUCUUGGGGUAAAGGCAGACACAGCGGUGUUUUUUGAGGCCACCGAAUUAUGCAGACGCAUAGCUGCCAAUCUCACAUGGGCAUUUACGCGAGCACGGAAAUGCACCCACUUUUUUUUCUUCUUCUUCUUUAUCUGUUUCCUUCUUACGAACCCAUACCCGACGAGCAGAGGAACCCUUUCUUGGAAGCUCUCUUUACCACAGGCAUACUGUUUUUGCGGGAAAGCAUUCCAUACUUUUUGCAGGCAACCUUGACGAUGCCUUUUGCCUUCCUUUUUUUUUUUUUUUUGUAAUACUCAGACAGUUUCUGCCGUUUUCUAUUUCUUUUUGCUUUGAUAAAGGAUUUCGCAGUGCAUAAAAAAGCGCGAAGGUUGUAUUCAGUGACUUUGUUAAAUGCUCAACAUUGAUUGCUCCGUCGUUCUCUCGUUCUCGCAGUGUUUUCCUCCGAACACGUGUUCGCCAGUUGAUUGACGUUUGUCGUUGUCGCAGUGCACAGGAGUCACUUUAUUUCUUUCUGUCUGCGUGUGCGUGUGUGUGAAGCUUUACAGGUAUAUUUAAUUGUUCUGUGAUAUCUAGUUUACCGAGACGCUGUCCGUGGUAUCUUUGUUGUCAUUUUGAAAGCAUAACAAUUAAAUGUGUUUCUUUCUUUUUUUCUCCAACGCAAGCACAAAGCUACGGUUAAGUUUAUUGUGGCAGUCGUUGGGUCGUCGCAUGAGGCUGUCACGAUUUGCAAACCCGCAGCCACUCUGAUUUCUUUUUAUUAUAAUUAACCUGGUUAACGUCAGUUUGAUUUGUAAGUCGAAUGACUGCAUUUUUUAUUUCCAGAACGUCGCAUUUAACGCCGUAGUCAAAGCAAGGUUAAGGCCAAAAGAAAAAACAACAGUCUUUCUCAGAUUUUCUUGUAAAGUUGUGGAUAUAUAUGCACGUGAACUGCGACGUUCGAGCAAAAGGUUGUAGCGCAGGCGAGCCGCUCCGUUGGACAACAGAGAGGGAACGCCUCGAGUAUCUAGUCAGCGGGCCUACACAGAUGUCGUCGUCAGUGCGUGCGCCUAGUGUGUGUGUGAGUGGCUAUUGUUCGUGCAGUGUUGUACAAGCGCUUAUCUGUUGACACCGUGCGCCACGGUCAGUGAGGAACGUGCGCGCAUGCGCGCUUCGUUUUCUCCGUAUUUUUCUCGUCUCGGAGGUUUCGAAAUAGUCAUGACCCCGUUGACGGCGUACUUCGUCGCGAUGUGUACUGCAGCCGCCGUCUGCCCCAGUUUCCUUGUUUUGUGCGUGUAUUUUUGCACAGCUUGCGUAGUGCGUGCGUAGGAUGUCGGGUACGAGGGAGCGCGCGCGCGCGCGCGUGCAGGAAAAGGCGACUGCCAACGGUGAGUUGCAUGCAACUCGGCAGCAAAGAGUGAACCGUUGCGAUUUUGUGGAUAAGUCAGUGGCACCGUACGGACAUCGCUCGUCUAUGCUCAGUACCGGAACCUUGGUAGCUCUCGGUUGUCCGCCGCAGACGUCAGCAGAUCAAGCGACCACACUUAUAAAUGAUAGCUUGCCCCCUUUUACCCUGCCCUUCCAAGCAAACUUCGUACUUAGACCCGACUAUGACUCCGAUACCACCAACUUCAUCGCUAGGCGCCGCCUGCGGAGCUGCGCUUUAUGCCAGAAAACGUUAUGCCCGAAAGCCCGAAAACAGCUGUCGCCGGAACGCCAAUAACAUUGCACACUCAGGCUUUCAGGCGAGCGCAGGCGCCGAAAAUCGGCUUACGCCAUCGCCGCGUCGUCGUCGUUCGUUUCUCGAGAUGUCGCUGGUGUCGUUUUACGGAAACAUAUCGUACACCCGGCCGCUUCUGAGAAACCGCGGGAAAAACGGCAAGGGCGCGCGAUCUCGUGUCGUCCAGUUGCGACACCUCCCCCCCCCCCCCCCCUUUUUUUUUUUCUUUAUUCUUCUCACAGCAAGCACACUCGCCAUCGUCUCUUGUUUGCCGCCUCCCCCACCCUCCCCCUGAUCACGUCUUUUCGGAAACCGGAAAAAAAAAAGAGCAAAAAUGAACCUAAAAAAAAAACAAAAAAACACCGUACUGACACGCGCGCGGCGCAGUCCUUGUUUAGGGACUGCGGGAACGCGGUAGUCCGAGUCACAGGGUUGCAUACAUACACUUGUACAGAUCUCGUUUCAAGCCAAAGCUGUUGCCCCCUACCCGCGUUGCGUGCCGAUAUGAGAAAGAGAAGCGGCGUACAGAUAUUGCGCGCGCUAUUGUCGGUUGAGUUUAUAUUUUUGUUGACCAGCGGUUAUAAACCGCUGCCGACGUGUGAUGGCAGUGAGUCUAGAGGGGGGGGGGGCAACGCACUUCAGGUUGUUCUCGCCGCCUUUGCUCUGCGCACCAGUCAGGCGAAUGAAAUGGCAGAGCAAUUAAGGAAGAAAAAAAAAAGGCAAAACAGUGCAAUAUGAGGAAGGAGCCUUUUUUCCUGCCUGAGCGCAGUGCGUGCGAAGUGAAAAAAAAAAAAAAGUCUUUUUUGUAGACUGGCUGCGUAUCGCUUGCAUGUACAUUAUUAGAUCGUACUUUGUUAUUGCGUUCUUAUUUUUGUAAAAAAGAAAAAUGAAAGCGAAGAGCGCGUGUAAAAGCAAAAAUAUACACUGCUCAAGAGGCGGAAAGUUUGUUCAAACAAUCACUAUCGUGUAUGACUGUUUCUUCUUUUCUUUCGGCGGGGAGAGCGAGGGAAAAAAAUGUCACGAUGGGCGGCGAAGCAAACCGCGACGCUGUGUAUAGGAUAUAGAUAUGUAUCUAUAUAUGUAUACUCUCUACACCCACUAAAGAAACACAUAUCACGCACUUUUUUCACAGUUUGCUCACAUAUCUUGUCACGUGUGCAUGUGCUCGCUAUAGCGCGCCGCGGGUGCAGUGAGCUCGAAUCUCACUGCACCGCGGGCCCGCGCCCUAUAGGCCAGCGGCCAUCUUGAAGUCGAGGCAUUUACCAACGGAGUGAAGCGCAGUGCCGUUUCCAGCGACGUCUGGCGGCUUUUUAUUCGUUUAUUGUUCAUUGAAACGCGCCACAUGAUUAAUUUCAGUGAUGAAAGCGGUAACAACAUGUAGACGUAAACCUUCGGCUUCGCGUCGCCCGUCGUUGACGCGUUUAUUAACGCCACGCUUCACAAUAACAUCGCCGUUAUGACGGCCAAAGUGCGUAUACUACUGAGUAUCCGCUUUUGUCGGCCGCUACAAGGAGCACAUUUUGGCCGCGUUUAUGCACUGUCAUCGUGCGCCGUAUAAUGGCGCCUGGCGACGCCGCUUCGAAGAUGCGUUGGAAAUAUGCUACAUGUAGUUGUCGCUUUCGGUUAAUAGCCUGCAAACAGGCGAGCUUAUCAAAGUCUGCGUCUGUGCUGGCGUUUAAGCUGCACAGGACUUCAAUGCGUUGUGUUGGUUAGUUUAAUCGUCAACAAGACCAUUUUUCUUUCUACUGAGCGCCAUCAAGAAACUCGGUGCGAGAUAGAAGACUCGCUUUAGCGCGAUGUUAUAGCUUGGUCGUACGUUUUCUGUCGCGUUUCCCGUAACGCACCGACGCCAAUUACCCGAGUUCUGCGUGCUAUGGCUUCUGCUUGUCCUACCGGGGCCAAAUUACAUCUUCGCGGUGUGGAAGGCCAAUGACGACGCGACUGAGUUAAGGCAACGUGAUGCCACUGUAUGGGAUAAGGACGCGAAAGACAACUUUGCGUUCACCCUGUACGUGUGACAAUUUUUUUUCUGUUUCAUUUCUUUUUCGCAGUUCUCGGACAUCUCUGGGGUAGCUGCAGCUCAAACCAUUUUAAUUGUUCGCAGUGUUCGCUGGUUUCUAGUUUGCUCACUCGUUCUUCUUCUUGUUGCUUUCUGAUUUUGCAAUGACGCUUGUUUUGCGAAUACUUCUCGCUUAUUAAACUAACGACCGGCUAAUGUCCGCCAUUGCCGUCACGUGGCGCUGGGAGCGCGCCCAAUUCGCUCGGCGUCGGUCGCUGGCGGGACGCGGAGCGCCGCCUUUCGGGGAAAACGAGAGAAUAAGAUGACGACGACGCCCUGGGUUGUCUUGCCAAAGUGGGCGCGUCGAUGCCAAGGUCUCAUUUAUGCAAAAGAAAAAAAAAGUAAUUGUAGUGUGUAAAACCGCAAAACAUAGAGACGGAAAGCGAGAUAGGAGAGGAUGAGGAGAAAAUAUAUAGCGAGAGAGAGAACGAGAGAAAAAAAAAGGACAUACAGUAACACAUGGGUCCGUUCGUUUCUGUCGAACUUGUUUCACUCAUUGUACAGCAGAGGUGAUGUGUGUGACUGUGUGUGUGUGCGUGACACGCCAGACGUUUUCUAUUGUUAUUUAUUUGCCCUUUGUUUCCCUUCUUCUUCUUCUGUCGUCUGCAUGAUAGCUAUGUCUCUCGUUAUUCUCAGGAAGCAGACGCCACUAGUCUUACAUAGACCGCGUGCGCGGUGAAACCCGCCUGCGUUCGUUUGCACCAGAUACUAUAUCGUGUAUGCAUAGUAGCCGUACUGUUCUGCCGUUGAUGCACUCCUGUCUUCUUGGGUUUUCUCUGUCACUUUUUUGCCGCUUGUUGUUCCACCGUAUUGUGUGUAUAACGCGGAGAAGGAAAAAAAAAAGCGCAUUAACAUUAUAUACACAGUAUUUAAACCCGUAUUGAUGCGUGGUGUAAAAGACGAGAAGACGAGCACGGAUAUUUGGUGGAUUGUACUUACAUCGGAAAAAGAGAGGCGAAUAAAAAAAAAAAGAGCAAACAGGCGCCGCUAUUUGAUGCAAUAAACUCUGAAGAAGGCGUGUAAGCACCUCGAUUUACUCGUCUCUCGAGGUAAUAAAGGAGAUAUUUAUAGAUGUUCUUCACGA